CUGGCGUGACGGUCGACAUGGUGGAUGUGGUGGGGGUCCAGUCGCGAGAGGGAUCCAAUGUGUGUGUAUGUGGGUGUGUCGGGGAGUGUGAAGGCUGAAGAAGCAGGUGUGUGUGUGAGUGUGUGGUUAGUGAGGGAGGCGUGUUUGUUGCGUAGUGGAGUUGAGAGAAAUGCGUGUUGUGGAGGGACUAGCGUGGAAAGCACUAGAAAGCCAAAGCUUCACCAACAGGACGACCCGACUGGCGCAGCGCGGGCAGCUGUCAUCAUGAGCAUUACGAGCUUCAUGGUCACGGGAUUUCACAGCAUAGUCAACUCGGGAUCCGCCAUGUGAAGACUGUGUGUGGCCUGCCAGCUCUUCUACUGGCAGCUGGUCGAGGUUUGCAACGUGCAGAGGUACGCGGGGCACGAAACGUCACCACUGGUCCGAGCGA